GGGCCCGGCAGCAAGCCGAGGGGGCGGGGACGCGGCGCGGGGCAGUGUGGGGCGGGGGCGGGACGCCGCCUGGCCGCGGGUCGGGCCCUGUGUCAGGAACCGAGCGGGUGCUCGGGCGGGACAUGGCGGGCUGUGUAGCCCGGCGGGCCCUGGCCGUAGGCAGCCGCUGGUGGUCCCGGUCGUUAACCGGGGUCCGGGGACCGAGGCCGUUCUGUGCGGCGGGUGGAGCCGGGGCCCUGCCGCCAGCUGCGACCACGACGACGCGGAGGCACCUCUCGUCCCGAAACCGACCAGAGGGGAAAGUGUUGGAGACUGUUGGUGUGUUUGAGAUGCCAAAACAGAAUGGAAAAUAUGAGACUGGGCAGCUUUUCCUUCAUAGUGUUUUUGGCUAUCGAGGCGUCGUCUUGUUUCCCUGGCAGGCCAGACUGUAUGAUCGGGAUGUGGCUUCUGCAGCUCCAGAAAAAACAGAGAACCCUGCCGGCCAUGGCUCUAAGGAGGUGAAAGGCAAAACUCACACUUACUAUCAGGUGCUGAUUGAUGCUCGUGACUGCCCACAUAUAUCUCAGAGAUCUCAGACAGAAGCUGUGACCUUCUUGGCUAAUCAUGAUGACAGCCGGGCCCUCUAUGCCAUCCCUGGUUUGGACUAUGUCAGCCAUGAAGAUAUCCUCCCCUAUACCUCCACUGAUCAGGUUCCCAUCCAGCAUGAGCUUUUUGAAAGAUUUCUUCUGUAUGACCAGACAAAAGCACCCCCUUUUGUGGCUCGGGAGACGCUACGGGCCUGGCAAGAGAAGAAUCAUCCCUGGCUAGAGCUCUCUGAUGUCCACCGGGAAACGACUGAGAACAUCCGUGUCACUGUCAUCCCCUUCUACAUGGGCAUGAGGGAAGCCCAGAAUUCCCAUGUUUACUGGUGGCGCUACUGUAUCCGCUUGGAGAACCUUGACAGUGAUGUGGUACAGCUCCGGGAGCGGCAUUGGAGGAUAUUCAGUCUUUCUGGCACCUUGGAGACAGUGCGAGGCCGAGGGGUGGUGGGCAGGGAACCAGUGUUGUCCAAGGAGCAGCCUGCGUUCCAGUAUAGCAGCCACGUCUCCCUGCAAGCGUCUAGUGGACACAUGUGGGGCACGUUCCGCUUUGAGAGACCUGAUGGCUCCCACUUUGAUGUCCGGAUCCCUCCCUUCUCCUUGGAAAGCAAUAAAGAUGAGAAGACGCCUCCCUCAGGCCUCCACUGGUAGGCCAGCCAAGGCCCUGAGUAUCCAUGCUCAGCCCCGCAAAGAACAAUUUUCAUCCCACAGAACUCUUCUGUCCUCAUUAUGAGUCACAGUGGGUCUCUUAAUUUGUGAUUGUGGGGUCCUUUCUGGGGGUAGGGGUGAUGUAACUGUUUUCUUGGAAGACCCGUGUAGAACUCUUCCAAGGCUGGCCUCCACCAAGGAACUGUGUUCAGCUGCCACAGGCCUGGAGGAGCUUCUUAGCCUGUCACACAACUUAUCUGGAAUGUGAGAUUUGGUCAAUAAAUGAGUGCACGCUUGGCCACCCUCGCCA